UUUUUAGUAAUCGAAUUUUGUAUUAAAUAAAAGUUUCAAUGGAUUACUUUACUCUUGUUUUACAUGUUGCAAUCGCAAUUUUCUUGCUUAAUCGCGCCUAACCGUGCAAUGUCCGUGCAAUCGUUGUGUUUCUCCACACGCCUCCGGCCGAUGAGUCUAACGCUAUUCUAACCCUUUGCCGAGUCACUUCAUCGACAGAGCUGAUUUCCUUCCUGCAAUUUAUUAACGAUCGAUUAUCAGGAAACGAUCUAUCCUACAUUGUUUGACCUCGCGCGCGCGCGCGCAUGCGCGACUUUAGAUUUGAUGUGCGUCACGGUGCAUUGUGAAUCGUUUAAUUGCGAAUCCGACAUGCCAGAUGUUUCUUUCUUGAGACGAGAUCGUGACGAACAAAUAUGAAUCAUGGAUCAUGACUCGUGAGUCACUCGGAUCACUCAUGUUUAAAAAAAAAAAAAUAAAACAGAUAAAAAUAAUGACUGCAAAUGGCAGAGACUUGGCGAGAUGAGAGAAUAGCAAGCAAUCCGUUCCGAACAAAUCGUUGUGCAAAAAUUAGGUGAAAGUACAAGAGAGCGAUGAGUGAAAGAAAUAAUUGAACCGACUUAUUAACGGUAAAUGAGGACGAUUUGCAGCGAAUCGUCGAGCAAUUAUUUUCUUGAACCAAUAUCGCGAGAGUUAAUUAAAUACAGCAUAUAAUUGCGUAUUUAGUAAUAAAUUGUGAGCAGUUCAAACGAUAAGAGAUGCACACUUAAGUUUAAUAAGAGGAUUUUUUGCUGAACGCGAUUAAAUAGAGCUAUCGACGAAGCAUUCUUGGAGAAUACUAUUAGUUAUUAGUUAAGAAAUUAACAUUUGUAAAGAAUAUUUAAAGUGACAAUUGUUUUAUAAUGAAACGGAGGGCAAUGCGGAGCAAAGCACGCUAUUCAGCGAAGAGAAAUUUGCUGAAUAGGAGUAAAUAAAAUAUUUAACGAAGUGUUCUUGUAAUACUGUUAAAGAACAGAUCAGGUUUCUUCAGAGAACAUUAAGAAUAUUCGUAUUUUUAAAGAAUAUUGUUAUGAAGCAUUAAUUGCUCUAUGAUGAAAAGGAAAGCAAUGAAGAAUAAAACACGGUAUUUCUCGGCAUGUUACUAAAAACUGGAACCCAUUCAGACAUGAAAAGUAAGCUGCAUGCGAAAAGUGACGGUUAAUAAAUGGCUUUCUCGAUGUAACGGAAGCUUUUCGUUUAGAAUAAAUGCAGAUCAUCGACCAAGAAUUAAUGCUAUGCGCUGAGAGCUGAACAAACGUGACUUUCUUUAAAAUUCUGACAGCGAAGAACAAGAAACAUAAGCAUUUAUAAUUAAGAAGCCGUCGGUGCUUUCGCGUCCGAAAGUUUCCGUAUUCAUUUCCGCCUGUCGGGAAGCGCGCGACUCUCGAUACAUGCUGCAAUUAAAAUAAAUUGAAAAAUAUCUCCAAUCACAAUUUUUACUCAUGCCGAUCUCGUUGCUCCUCCCUUCAACGUACAAUCGCGCGCAAUAUUUCCGCCGCGCUUCAAGUAUUCGCGACUCGAUUGACCGAGGAGCUCUUCGAAACUAAAAGGAAACCCAUGUAACCGAAAUGCUCGAGAGAUUCGAGCGAGCCCAUUGCGUCCGCUCGGCCCGAAAUAAGAACGCGUCCGCUCCGCGGGACGAACUCGGGAUGGAAUCGGGGAAGUGGUGAGCGCGCACGCGGGGGAGGAUGCAGAAGUUGGGUCGGUAGGGUACGUAGGACCGUAAAGGAGGCGCAGGUAGGGCCUGGCGACAACUGCCGGGGGUUCCGUGGUGGUUGUUAUCGACCCGGCGACGGUGGGUCGUGUAGCCGUCAGGAUCGCAAGGCGCACGCCUGGACGGCAGCAAGGCGGAAGAGGGUGGCGAUGACGAGGGAUAAGAGGGAGCGCGCGGCAGAUAGGCGAGGCAGACGGAGACAAAAGCAAACGAGGGGUGCCGCGCGGAGAGCAGCGAGCGGGGUGCCAACGAGGUGGUGGAGUAUUAUAGUGUAUAUAUACUGCUGGUCGUGCAGGGUAGGUCGUGCAGAAGAGGCAGCGACGAUCCGCGCCGGUAGUAGCGACCCGGCUGGCUAACGCGCCCCACACACACGCGGGGGUGUUGCAUCCCCUCGAGAAGCUCGUCCGGAGCUCGGCGCGUGUACGCGCGCGUUUAUGUGUGUGCGCGCGAUAUUAUCGUGGUGCAGCAGCUCUGCGUCAGCGAGCUCGGGUGGACCCGCGGACGUGCGGAAUCGCGUGUUCCGGUGUUUCGCAGCCGGAUUCGCGACUCGGGUAAAAAAAGCCAAGACUUCGACCUUGCCGCCCUCGCCGACAGCAGCAGCGGCGACGGCAGCGGCGGCGGCGGCGGCGGCGGCAGCAGCAGCAGCAGCAGCAGCGGCGAUCGAGCGACGAGAGAGUGACCACCCCGAGAUCAUUCAGUCUACGGGAGACGUCUCUUUCGGGAAUCAACGGGGCUCCACGUGCGUCCAUGGCAAAAAUAAAGGAAAAAUGGUAGCCGCGAUCGGUCGAUCGUACCUUUAGAGGAAGACGAGGAGGAGGACGACGUGAAGAUGACGCGAUAGAGAGUGCGACAAGAGAGAAGGAGAGAGUAAGAGAAAAGUGUACAGUGUGGUGCACGUUUUAAAGGGGAAGAAGGAGGCGGUGGACGACGACGACGACGACGACGACGACGACGACGGUGCCAUGUCACAGCGCGGACGACGCGCGACCACAACGACGCAGACUACGAUGAACGAGGAUUUCUACCUGACUUGUGGCAGGCCGUCGAACCUGCUGCGGACGAGCUUCAGCAGCGCUGGCCUUGAGAAGCUCUAUCGCGCCUCGUCGCUGCAGCAGCGUCGCGGCGGUCUCACGUGCUUCCUUAUGUCGGCGAUUCUCUACGGCAUCUACGCGAUCUCGGUGCCGGGCGUCGAGCUGCCGACCCGCGCCGUCACCGCGGUCUUCCUCAGCCUGAACGUCUGUCUGCUGGUCUGGGCCGAGCGCGGCACCAAGGCGCGCAACUCGCUCUGGUCGGUGGUGCCGUGCGUGGUCGGCCAGCUGUGGAUCGUCCACCUGCCCGCACAGCUGUUCCUCCAGUCAGCCAAGGUCACGCCGCGGGACGGCCUAGGCUGGAUGCUGUUGCUGCUCUACCUGCUGUUCGCCAGUCUGCCGCUCAAGCUGUGCUGCUGCGUGUCCCUCGCGCUCGGCAGCGUCCUCGUGUACUUCGUCGCUGUGAUCGGCCUGUCCAGCACGACGUUCGAGGAGCUGAAGAUGCAGCCCGUGGACGCGGCCCGUGUUCUGAUCCUGACGGUGACACUUUUUGCGGGCGCCGCUAUCCUGGGCGCGUGCAGCUACUGCCUAGCGGAGUUCCAGCAACGCCGGGCGUUCCUGGAAACCAGGCAGAGCUUGGAGGUGCAGCUGAUGAUCGAGGAACAGAGCGCGGAGCAGGAGCGGCUACUGCUCAGCGUCCUGCCGGAACACGUCGCGGUCAAGAUGCGGCAGGAUCUCGGCGCGUCUCUCGAUACGCAGUUCAAGAAGAUUUACAUGUCCAGGCAUGAAAACGUGUCGAUACUUUACGCCGACAUAGUUGGCUUCACCGCGAUCUCGUCGACUUACAGUGCCAGCGAGCUGGUCAAAAUACUCAACGAGCUCUUCGCACGAUUCGAUCAACUCAGUGAACGAUACGAGCAAAUGCGCAUCAAGAUCUUGGGCGACUGUUACUACUGCAUAAGUGGUGCGCCCGUCGAAAGGCCAGACCACGCAGUUCUCUGCGUGCACAUGGGGCUGUCCAUGGUGGAGGCGAUCAAGUACGUGCAACAAACGACCAACAGCCCCGUCGACAUGAGGGUGGGCAUCCACACGGGCGCGGUGCUCGCAGGAGUUCUCGGCCAACGGCAAUGGCAGUUCGACGUUUACAGCAAGGACGUCGAGCUGGCGAACAAGAUGGAGAGCAGCGGAAGAGCCGGGAGGGUACACAUCUCGAAUUCGACGCUGCGCUUCCUAAAUGGCGAAUUCGAGGUCGAGCCGGCGCACGGAGAGGAUCGGGAAGAGGCGCUCCAAAAAGCUGGCCUUGUCACUUACUUUAUAGUAAGGGCCUUGAAACCAUUUAAGCCGGCGGUGACGAAGAGCCUCGCGUCGUUGGCGGACGCGGAGAACUCACAAAGGACGAUGGAGAGUGCGCAAGACAAGGGGGACAAUAGCAGGGAAGAUUCCGAGGAAUUUCAGCAACGUCUGAGGAAGAAACUUGACAGUAGAGGUGGUGGUACCGACCUAAAAGGUCACGCCUCCUGGUUGACCUUACGAUUCAAGGAUUCGACCGUAGAGACGGACUUCCACAGCAUCAUGGAAGCCUUCUCGCCUCUGUCGCUCCUCGGCGGACCCCUGGUGACGUUGUGCGCCGCUCCGGUCUGGAAGCUACUACCUUGGGGACCGUUCACGUGGGGUGGCGCCGGGGUGGUCACCCUCUUCGGCAUCGUGUUAGCUGGCGCCACUUGCCUGGGCAGCGCCGUCAGGGCGACGUGGCUCAGAAGCACGCUCGCAGUCCUAAUGACAUUCUCCCUCAUAAUCUUCCUGCUGUUAGACAUGUGCAACUGCGCGAUCGUUGAGGAAGCCGACCCGCCGAAGAACGCCUCGCUCAGCUGGUCCCCGCGCUGCCCGUAUCCUUCCUAUUACUCGUACAUCGGCGUCCUCGCGCUGGUCGCUAUUUCGAUGCCGACGUACCUCUGUUACCUGACCAAAGCGUGCCUGAUGUACUUCCUCGCCGGCGCGCAGUCCUGCAUCAACGUUCUGUAUCUCGCGCCGAUCCUCGACCGGGAGGACGUGGCGUCGUAUCCGUCUGGAGUCGUGCCCUUUCCGUUGAGAUACUCUUUGUCAGCUACGCUAUUUGUCGUCGCGACCGCGCUAGUUAUCGUGGCGAGAUACGCUGAGAAGGCGAGGAGAAUGUUGUAUCUGCGAGGACGAGAAGUAAUGGCGCAGAGAGAACGAGCGGCGGAUAUGAAGCGGCGAAACGGCGUGCUCAUAUACAACAUCCUGCCGCCCCACGUUGCCGCGUACUUCCUGUCGCACGCGAGGCACUACGACGACCUCUACAGUCAGAGCUAUGCCGAGGUGGGCGUGUUAUUCGCCAGUAUGCCGAACUUUGCGGACUUCUACAGCGAGGAAAGCAUCAACAAUCAAGGCCUCGAGUGCCUGAGGUUCCUGAAUGAGGUCAUCUCCGAUUUCGAUGCCAUCCUUGAUCAGGAGAAAUUCAAGGGCAUUAUCAAGAUCAAGACGAUAGGGUCGACCUAUAUGGCCUCAUCGGGCAUAACCGAGACAACCCAGUCGGAGGACGGUCCUCGGUGGGGCCACCUCGUCACUCUCGUAGAAUUUGCUCUGGAGCUGAAGAAAGCUCUGUCGAGCAUCAAUGAACAGAGCUUCAAUCAUUUUGUUCUGAAGAUGGGCAUCAAUCAUGGACCGGUGACCGCCGGCGUCAUCGGAGCGCGGAAACCUCAUUAUGACAUCUGGGGCAACACUGUCAAUGUCGCGUCGAGGAUGGAGAGCACGGGGAAAGUCGGUUGCAUUCAGGUUACCGACGAGACCCGGAAGAUAUUGGAGCCGUUUGGUUUCGGCUUUGAGCAGCGCGGUCUUGUCUUCGUGAAGGGCAAGGGACAGCUCUUGACGCACUAUCUUGUGUCCAAGGACGGCGUCUUCCUGGAUCUCGAUAGCGAUCUGCCGGUCGAACCCACCCAUCCCAUAAUCUACCAAUAAUGUACUCGAAAAUGGCUCUAACACGAACGAGAUACAUUACGGCUUUUCUCGGGGGGGUACUGGAUUGGAUGUUCGGAUGGAAACUUGCUGCAGCCUCCCUCGAAAGCCUAUCAGGUCGGAUGUUUCGGGCGUCCUUUCUGAGCAUCCACCCUUCUGAAUAUCCCGUGAGGAAUUGCGACGCGCGAGAAGACGCGGAAUCACUGGCGAAUCACAAAACGUAAAUUACGCAGUAUCUCUGUACACCUACCGACUAUUUCUUCAAAUAAUGUUCGGCAAGCUAAAUGUACUGUCGUAGAAAACUCUCUAAAUGUUAGCAUAUCCUCGUGUUUCUCAGAGCGAAAAGAAGUAGCACGCGGAAGGAAGGACGAGGAGGAUCGGAAGAGCGGAUCGGGCGAGAUCGGCGCCUAGAUCGUUCGCGACUGUCCUCGAGACUCGAGGCUCGAGUGUCUCAUCCGUACACCGAUACAUGUUGGGUCUCCUCCUUCCGCGUUAAUUUAGCGACAGCCAAUGGCGCUGUUAUCGUUAAUUAAUGCGAGGGGCGGAGAAAGAUACAGUCGCUGUCGACUGUUCAUUAUCACAACGUUCGCACGCACGCGAGAUCACGCACGCGUAUGUGCGUGUUGCGUCGAACUCGUACAGGGUAUAAUAAUAAAAAAAACAAAAAACAAAAAAGAGGUAAUAGAUUUAGAAGUCUACGGCGCAGAGGCUGAACACGCAGAAUAAAACGAUACCUCGAUGUCGCCGUGUAAAUAGCAACAAAUCCGUAGGAGAGAAAACAAUUGUAAUAUCGUUGCAGAUAAUAACGGAUAGCUAUCUAUCAGAUAGAUUAUUGUCUUUCGACGCUCUCGAUAACACGAAAGCGAAUGUUUCGCGCGCGAUAAAAUUAUUCUAAAUCCAUUCUCUUCUUUCUCCGAGUUAUAUCGAUCGCGCAACGGCCGUCGAUGCGUGACGAUUCAACGCAGCAAGUCCGCCGUUGCCGAUUCGAACAGAGAAAUUAUGGGAUCGUGUUUUCCUUUUGUUUGCGCACGCGAAACGAUCGCUUCUACAUUAUUGAGAUUCUCGAGAUGAUGUUCCAAUUAUUCGGGGCGCGAGGGCAGCGAUGACGUGACGAUUUCACACGAGUGGCAUCUUUUUAGGAAUUUAGAGAGAACUGUAUUAAUCUUCCGGAUACACAUACGUCAUCCGUAGAGCGCACACGUGACGAUAUAUAUCGAAGAUAGUAUAAAUAUAACGCGGAACUUUUAACGAAGGGAAAAUAAAAACACUACACUAGGGACUAUAAACGUGUGCGCGCCGCGUAAAAAAAAAGAGGAAGAGAAAAAAAAAGAACAUCGCCGAUACGGUAGUAAUUUAUUUUUCUACAGUCGCCGAGGAGGAGAGAGGGGGAGAGAGAAUUUAUCACAGACCAAGAUGAAUCGAAUAUACAUACACGAGGAGGCUUAUAAAGAAAUUUUCUACUAACUCUUUCGUUACGGUAUGAUGACGGCGCAAAUCUCAAUACGAAAAUACGAAAGUCUCUCCUUGCGCGUGUUCAAGAGUAUUUUAUAUACAACAAACUUGUUCUUCAUCUCGAACUCGUGUAAUUCGUGUAAUUCGUGUAAACUUCUGUAAAUUCAUGUAAACAAUUCGAAUAAGUUGUAAAGUGCUCGUACAAUUCGUGGCCGCAUUGGAUGUAACGAGAGGGUUGCCAUAGAGAAAGAGCGAGAGGGUGGAAGGGGGGAGGAGAGAGAGAGAGAGAGAGAGUGAGAGAGAAAGGACAGUGUGAGGGAGAUUGAGGACGGUGAGGGCGAGAUUGAGUGGUAGCGAAUUCAAGUAGGUAUCGGCCUAAGCGCAGGGGAAGCUGAGCAAGAGUCAAAAAAAUAUGGAUCUUUUGAAUCGGUGGGAGAAGCGAUAUGCUUUCCGAAUCGUUGCAUAAAUUGCGCACUUCCAUUUCCGGCCGAUUUGUCGCCCGCAUAAAUCACGCAUUCACAGAGACACACUUGCAUGUACUCGCGAAGACGCACCGAUUGUAAUACUAAUGUAACACACAUUAGUGCGCAAAUCAGAGAGUUAUCCUGUAAGGUAGCAAUAAACUUUCGCGUACGUACAUCACGUAAACUACUUGGACUACGCGAAGAAGUGCGGAUGGAUCGGUAAGUACGAUCGAUAGGCGCGCGGUAUAAUUCAUCUAUUUGAAAAAUAGAUUAAUUAAGAGAUAUUAAUAGAAGUUUAUUUUGUGAAAUCGUAAAUUCGUCAUUCUCGAAAUUCAAGAGAGGUCAGGUUAUAAAUCGAUUUCUUAAUUUUCACUCACUCUGUUAAAAGAAACAGCACAAACGAGUAUUGUACAGAAAAUUGAAAAAAAAAA